GUCUGUCCAUGCUCAGUCCUUGCAGCAGGGGAGGCUCGUCGACGGCCACGUGCGCCUUCUUCCUCUGCGGCCGAAACACUGCAAAGGAGCCCAGCGACUAUUCGCCAUCGCCAUCGGAUUCGGGCCAUUCAGAUGAGAGCUGCAGAAGCGGCGGUGAAUGCGUAUGCGAGUCUGACCAUGGCGCUGACGAGAGUGCACAGCCGAAAGCCUCUGGAGAGGGAGGGGCUGUCAGGGGGCCGGAGGGGGAAGGGAGUGAAGGGCGAGAUGACGACGACGACGACGAUGAACCGCUGGAUGAGGUGCUCAGGAAGCUGGAACAGCUCAAGGCCAGACGUAGGUGUCAGAAAGAUACUUGAAGGGCCCAUUUGCAAUGAAUUGGGUGCUGUUAUCGUGUUUGUGUCUCAGUGCAUGAGUUGCUGGCUGCCCGUCAGCAGCCGCAGCCGCAUCCCCCUCCUCCCUCUGGCCCUCCAUGGCGACAGCCACCAUGGCCCCAUCGGCCGCCGCUGAAAGUGCAAAACAGGAGAACACAGCAAAAGAGAUACUGCGACCUGAUGGAAUGUUUGUUGUGUGCGUGUUUGGUGCGGCAUUGCAGGCUCCGGUUUCCUCCUGGCCUUCCUGUGCCCCUCUUGGCGGCGCCAAGGUGAUAGGCAAUGCCAUCUUAGACCCCACGAGCAGAAUUUGCCCCAUCAGGGUAGUUAACGACAAGGUAAAUGACACAAAUGUCGCCCACACACACUCUCCCUGCCUCUAUGCCUCUGUGUUUGUCUGGUGGAUACAGUUUCAGCAGUUCAUUGGCCACAGUCCCUGGGAGCUGGUGGGCAACAGCAUCCUCACCUCGAUCAGGUCGCGCGUCGAGGUGGCAGACGGAGGCACCUGGGGAUUGCCCGCCAAUAUGUGGGUACCGACAACCCAUCAGCCGAACGGGGCUCUGAUGAAUGCGAUGCAGCGACUGGAAGGGUGGCUGAAUGAGAUUGCCGCCAGGAAGGGAGAGGCACCAUGGCAGGAUUGCGUCUUGCAGAUGUUUGUCAGGGCGAAAGACACGGGUGGGUGGGUAAGAGCGCAAACAAGGCAGGGCAGUGAAUCGAGGCACGAGUGGUGUGGGGUGUGUGUGCAGGCCGUCGGAAGCAUGUCUUGAUGUACCUGGGCACGGUGCUGGUGGAGACUUUCUUGUAUGUGCUCGUGGUCCUGUUUGAGCUGCCCGAAGGCCUCUACAUCGACCCUGACCAUAUUGCACAUCGCAGGGCAGCUCUGGAGCUGGUCGAACACACCAUCUCCUCAGGUGAUCAAGGCAGACAACACAAACCAUGUGUGUGGUACUUACUAGUGUCCGUGUCUGUGGGUGUCUCAGACUCUGACCACAGUAUUGGUGUGACUAUUGACCCCAGCACCCUCCCUCACAGGCGUAAUCCGCCACACGCCCACCCUCCAACGUCCUUUCUGCCCCUCGCUGCUGCCGUGACCAACAGCGACCCAUGUGACAUCGGUCGGCCGCAUUUUGGCAUGAGAACCUCACCUGUCUCACAGCCCAGCGAGCCGAGGCCGAUACCUCCCGCGGCAUCACAUGGCCGUGGCUACGGCACGAAGGCCAUGCCGAUGCCGCAUGGACCCACGUCGUUUCCACCUCCCCUCCCGCCCCCCUCCGCGCCGUCAGUCGCCACGCCCACGACUCUCUCCUUCUCUGCAUCGGCAUCGGCAUUUCAGAGCCCCAGGAGGACUCAUGACGGCCAUCAUCGUAUCGAUAACAGUGAGAGCUCUGUGUCGACACCGGUGCGGCUGCCCCUUCCCCCUCCUCACCAGUACCAUCCUCAGCUACACACAUUUCUCCCUCCGAUGAUGUCUCCGGCCUAUCCGCCGUCACGAGACGAGCCCCUCCAGGAAAUCAUCAGCAUCAGCGUGCCACAUGCUGCGUGUGAGGCUUUUGAGGAGAAGACCCCCAGUGUGGUGGAUGUGUUCGACAGCUCGGGGUUCGGAGACUAUCGAGUGAUGCCGGGGGGUGACAGCAACCGGCGGCACACGAACGUCGGCGUGAGUGUGAUUGAAAAGCGAUCGGCACUGAAGAAGCCGACAGGAGAAAGGUCGCUGCAGAGGUGGGAAGCCGGGCAGGGACUAAGGGGGGAGAGCGGGAGAGACACAUACGGCGCUGUAUGGUUGGUUGUUCAGGCGCAUUUCCUUCGGCCAGAAUGUGGUGUUGGGGGUGCAAUAACUCGGAGAGAUGUAGAUGUGUCCGCACGGGUGCAUGUAUGGGUUGAGAGCAGCUCGACGGGCCACCAUGCGA